AUUUGGGCUUUUCUGGUUGGGAUCGACGGGUAUUCGUCUAACCCAUUGCACGGUUGUGUGGAAGAUGCCUCAAGAGUGGAACGAUACCUUGUCCACCACCUCCAUAUUCCUACAGGGCAAAUCCAGAAGCUUCUUGGCCACCAUGAUGCACCACCGACCGACAUUUCCUCCAUCCCUUCCUGUGAAAACAUUUUGUCCACGCUUCUUGGUCUCAGCACGAAUUCUGACAUCGAACAUGGCGACCCCAUCAUAAUAUUUUUCGCUGGACAUGGCUCUCGCUAUCUGUGGUCAGAUAAUCAUGAGGACAAGGAGAAGUUUGUCGAGGCAUUUUGUCCCAUGGACCGCAACACCCUCAACAGAAAUGGCAAGCCCAUUUCUGAUAUCACCAACCAGGAAAUCAACACCAUCCUCUCUGAAAUUUCCCAUACAAAAGGACAUCGAAUCAGCGUCAUUCUGGACUGCUGUCAUGCGGGCAGCAUCACCUGA